GGGAGAAGCGGCAUGGCUGAGUUGCGUCUGGGGGCGCGGGAGAGACGCCGCUGAGAACGUCGGAGAACGGGAUGGCCCCGCAGCAGAAGCCCAGCGCGGAACUGAUCCCGCACCGGCCGCCCUCUUCGGCCAUGCGGCUCUUCACCUGGGACGAAAUCCAAGCCCACACCAAGCAAGGAGCCCCGGGGCGAGAGAUGUGGCUGGUGGUCGGCAGGAAAGUGUACGACGUCCGCAGCUUCUACCUGAGACACCCCGGAGGCUCCCGCAUCCUGAUGAGCCACCUUGGGGAGGACGUGACGGAUGCCUUUGAAGCGUUCCAUGUCGACAAGUCAUUGGUGAAGAAGUAUUUGAACCCGCUGCUGAUUGGGGAGUUGGCACCAGAUCAAUCUAGUUUGGAACCCAGCAAAAAUGAAUCACUGAUCAUGGACUUCCGUGAGCUGCGCACCACUAUAGAGAAGAUGGGACUCCUGAAGCCCAACACUUACUUUUUCAUGGCGGUGCUCCUUCACAUCCUGCUCUUGGAUGCUGCGUCCUGGCUCAACUUCUUGUAUUUUGGAACCUCUUUACUGCCCUUCACUGUCUCUUUAGCGCUAUGCACAAUGUCCCACAUCCAGGCUUCAUGGUUCCAACAUGAUUUGGGACACCUUUCCGUCUUCCACAAGCCCAAGUGGAACCACCUGCUUCACAAAUUUGUGAUGUGCCAUCUUCUUGGAGCAUCGGCCAACUGGUGGACUCUUCUGCACUCACAACAUCACGCAAAACCCAAUUGCCACAGCAAGGACCCGGACAUCGACAUGCACCCUGCCUUGUUUGCUUUGGGGAAGACCCUCUCUGUGGAGCUUGGGGUAAAGAAGACAAAGUAUAUGCCUUACAACCACCAGCACAAGUACUUCUCCUUCACAUUGCCACCACUGUUGUUCCCUACCUUCUUCCAAUAUCACACCUUCUACGUUGCUUUCAAGAAGAAUUACUGGGUGGAUAUUGCCUGCAUGCUGAGCUUCUUCAUCCGAUUCUUCAUCGUCUAUGGGUGUUUUCUAGAAAUAAAGAGUCUUCUUACAUUCUUCUUUUUGGUCAGGAUGUUGGAAAGCUCUUGGUUUGUCUGGGUCUCCCAAAUGAAUCAUAUACCCAUGACUAUAGAUUAUGACAAGAACUUGGACUGGGUGUCUAUCCAGCUCCAGGCGACAUGUAACGUUGAUCAUUCCUGGUUCAAUGACUGGUUUACUGGGCACUUGAAUUUCCAGAUUGAACACCAUCUUUUCCCUACGAUGCCCCGGCACAACUACUGGAAGGUGGUCCCUCUGGUGAAGUCUCUGUGUGCCAAACAUGGCAUUGAAUACAAGUGCAAGCCCCUGCUGACAGCCUUUGCAGAUAUUUUACGUUCCCUGAAGGAUUCUGGAGAGCUCUGGUUGGAUGCCUAUUUGCAUAAAUAAGUACUGGCUUUACAGAAAACAAGAUUCAUUCACAAUCUCUCCACAGAUGCCUUGGACCAGCAGAUUGCCUUGAACGUUUUUCCAACUCCCAGUGUUUCAUUGUUUCCUAUUUAUAAUAAAGUUUAUGUCUGAUACCA